AUGGUCGGCCUCAGCGCGCUCGACAUGGACGUCGUGCCGCUCACGAAGGAGGCGCGCUCCUCCUUCCUCACCAACUCGACGUGCUGCUCGGCCGUGAGCAGCAGCGGCAUGGACUCCACGCUGCUGGACUCGGAGGCGCUCAGCACGUCGCGACUCAGCAGCCUGUACGGCGGCGCCGACCGCUCGGGCCAGCGCCUCACGAUCCUCGAGGAGGACCUCGAGACGGACGGCGCCGCGCUCUCGCAGAAGCAGGUGCAGAAGAAGCUGUUCGAGCUCCACUCCGUGCGCGUGCUGAAGCAGGUGCCGCUGCCCGACUGGAUGAAGAUCUUCGUGCCGCGCAUCGUGCGCCUGCAGACCGGCACGGUGCCCUACAUGGAAUACGCGCGCUGCGAGAAGGGCGAGGUGCGCCAGCGCCAGAUGAUCAGCGUGUGGACGCGCGUGGACCGCCUGCCCAAGAACAAGCUGUCCAUCGACUUCCGCAUGCCUGCGGACGGCGAGCGCUCAGCGCCCGCGCCCAGCUCCGCCGCCUCCAAAGGCUCGAACGACAAGGUGUUGCAAGACAAAUGGAUCCUCAGGUUUGACACCAAGAACGAGCGCGAUCAAUGGGCCAAGCUGGUGCAGGACGCCGUCGACCUGCUCGGCUGGAUCGCCAAGUUCACCCUGGGCGGCGUGAUCAUGGAGACGCAGAACUCGUCGGUUGUCGAGUGCUCCACAUGGAUGGACCGCGGCCGCCCGUCCUACGUGAUGAAGUCGAUGGAAGCUUCAUCCACGAAGCAGAGUCACUCGGCUCGCAACGAGAUCGAGAUUCAGCGCAUGCUGACCAACUACUCAAGCCACCCUAAUAUCGUCGCGCUUCACGACUCGUUCCGCCAGAAAGAAAAGGCGUACCUGGUCAUGGAAAACUGCGUGGGUGGCGACCUCUUCGACUUCAUCAGCCAGAAUGGCGGCAUGGACGAGCACGACGCGAAGACGCUAUUCCGCCACAUCGCUAGCGCCGUCAACCACUGCCACGAGCACGGCAUCGUGCACCUGGACAUCAAGCCCGAGAACCUGUUCUUUAAGGUGUCGGCGCUGCAGCUCGAGACCGUCAAGCUCGGCGACUUCGGUUCUGCGUUGCAGCUAGACAAGAGCACGGUCAAGAAGGCCGUUAGUUGCACGGUGGGUUACGCUGCGCCGGAGGUGCUACAGAACGGCAAGAUCUCGUACGCAGCCGACGUAUUCAGUGCGGGUGCCGUACUGUACACGAUUCUGUGCGGGUACUCGCCGUUCAGCGCGCCGUCCGAGGACGAGAUGCUGGAGCGAACUCUUUCAGGCGAGAUUUUCUUCGACGAGCUCGAGUGGUGGCGGAUUAGCAGCGAGGUCAAGGAGCUCGUGAAGCGGAUGAUGCACGCAGACGCUGACAAGCGCCCAAGUAUGGAGGAGGUUCUGGAGCACCCAUGGUUUUCGAAAUGGUAG